CCAGUGCUCGGCCCCAUCCACAAAGAGAUACCAAACCUUCUCUUCAUCUGGCUCCCCUCGAAUCCUCGCCUGCUCUUCCGAUCACGCACGUAAAUAUUCACAAUGGCGAACUUCCCAAUGAAACCGGCCCUUUCUAUUCGGGAGCUGAUCGAGAAAUACCCGGCCGUUGGCGGCAACUCGGACGCUCGUGUGUUUCUACGAUCCAUCAUCAGCGUCACGCGCAUCGAAGACGGCAGGUUCAAAGUCGAAUGCCGUGGCCUGGAUGGCAACGGCCUCAGGUUCCUAGCGCGCAAGGCGUCGUUCAAGGCGGGCCAGAUCGUCAUGGUCUUCCUCGCUAGGACCUUUCUCCCCGCGAACGCACACCCCGAGUUCAAGGCGAUGAACUGUCAGCACAAUAUCGAGGGCGAGCCCGGACUAAAGCUCGACUUCCACCUGGACAAGGACACCGGCCUGUUCUGCGACGGCAUCGUCAGGCCUGUGACGGCCUUCCCGCCGGUGGUCUACGCGAUCAAUUCGAUGACACAGGCUCUGGGUGUUGAUCCGGCCGCCUGCAGCCUGGCAGACCCCGCUGGCGGAGAUGCGUUGACGUACGGCAUUCAGCUCCUUGCGGCCGACGAUCUCAACUACAACGUCUCAUUCGAGAAGAUGCUGGGGGUCAAGCGUUGGUCGCACUCCGCCACAAAGGUCAGCAUGGGCCCUUGCCCCGGCUUUUACCGCAGGGCACAAAUCUCGCGCCUCGUUCAGUGCCCGAACUUGUUCAUCAAGCCGAAGUACAAGUCCUUGACGUACCAGGUCACGGAGAAGAUCGACGGCUCGACAAUGGCCGUGUACUUUAUCGGCAAGAACUCCCCGUUCUUCAAGGCUCUCAACCCGCUGCCAAAGUACCCUGGCCCCCACAUGGACCUGUCGAACGGGAGGGUCGGCGUGUGCUCGAUGAAAAUCGAGCUGCCGCAGACAGAUACCUGCCCGUUCUGGCGGGCCGCCCUCCGGUACAACCUGCCGGAUCUCCUCAACGCCCAGAACCAGGACUUUAUCAUCCAGGGAGAGCUGGCGGGCGACGGAGUCAACAAAAACCGCCGCGGCUACCCUAAGGGCGAGGUCGACCUCUGGGUAUUUGACAUUUUUGAGCCCCGGAUCGAGGGUAAUUGGGUUAGGGGAGACAAGGUGGUCUCCUGGUGCAAAAACAACAAGGUUCAGCACGUCCCUGUUCGGGGGGCUAGUGUCAAGCUGCAGCUCGCGUUCAAGAACGCGUGCCAGAUCCAGGAACUCGCCGACCGCGAGCCAGGCGAGGGUCUUGUCUUCCAGUGCAACGAGGAAACCAGCCGCCGGUUCAAGGUGCACAGCCGGGGAUACCUGGCUAAGUAUGGACUGGAGUGAUGGGGGGAUCUCGGGAGCAGACCUUUUAGCCUUUCUAGUGUUUUACUUGGGUGAGCCUUACGGCCAUGAGCAGUGGGACUUUGGGCGACCGGGUACCCCUUCUAGGGCAUUUUUUAGAGUGUUUGGCGCGGAGCAUGGAUUUAUGGAUGGCAUUCGGGGCGGAAUGGUAGCUGGAGGGCUAGGAGGAGAUUGUGUCAGCUGUUAGCACGGAGGAUAGCUUGAUGGAAGGCACUCAGGGCGGAAUGGUAUCUGGAGUGCUAGGGAGAAACUGUGUUAGCUACUAGCGGGGUAUUCGUCUUCACAUACACCGAGCUGCGGCUCAUCGAGCUCGGUAAACAAAGGGAGAAAAAGGAGAGUCGGCUCAGACGCCUUAACGAGUUACCAA